AUGUCCGCCAUCGAGCCAGUCGUCGUCAUUGACGGCAAGGGACACCUCUUGGGUCGCCUGGCCAGCACUGUUGCUAAGCAGCUGCUCAACGGUCAGAAGAUCGUCGUCGUGAGAUGUGAAGCCCUCAACAUCUCCGGCGAGUUCUUCCGCGCGAAGCUCAAGUACCACGCCUACCUUCGCAAGAUGACUCGUUUCAACCCCACCCGCGGAGGUCCCUUCCACUUCCGUGCCCCCUCCCGCAUCUUCUACAAGGCUGUCCGCGGCAUGAUCCCCCACAAGACCGCCCGUGGUGCCGCCGCUAUGGAGCGCCUGAAGGUUUUCGAGGGUGUUCCUCCCCCCUACGACAAGAAGAAGCGCGUUGUCGUUCCCCAGGCUCUGCGUGUUCUCCGCCUGCGCCCCGGCCGCAAGUACUGCACCGUUGGUCGUCUCAGCCACGAGGUUGGCUGGAAGUACCAGGACGUUGUUGCCAGACUUGAGGAGCGCAGAAAGGUUAAGAGCAGUGCAUACUACGAGCGCAAGAAGGCCGCUCGCCGCCAACUCGUCCACGCCCAGAAGUCGGCGGGUGCAGAAGCUAUUUACCACAUCACAUCCGAUGGUCAGGAACUGCGACGAACCUACCUCGAGUUUGCAGACAGAGCAAGAGGAUUAGCGUAUUUCUUGAAGAAGCGCGGGUUCAAAAGAGUCGGCAUUCUGUGUCCCAAUACCCCGGCUUUCUUGGAGUCUAUUUUUGGGAUUGGGGCCGCCGGGGCGGUGAAUAUUGCUGUGAAUUACCGACUCAAAGAAGAUGAUAUCGCUUAUAUAUUUACACAUUCGGAAGCGGAGGUGAUCAUUGUGGAUAAGGAAUUCCUGCCCUUGCUGCGCGUGUAUAAGGAGGCGAAGCCGGAGACUCCGAUCAUUGUGGAUACGGAUACCGAUGCCGCGGAGGGUCAAUUGUCGGGUCCCUUUGACGAGGCGGUUUUGGAAGGUCUCAAGUACGAUAUAGCUACUGGAAAUAAGGGCUGGGAGGGGCUGCAGGCUCAGGCUGGUUCGGAAGAUGAUGUUGUUGCUUUGGCAUAUACGAGUGGGACGACGUCGCGGCCGAAGGGUGUCGAAUAUACAAAUCGGGGUGCCUAUUUAGCUGCUUUGGGGAAUGUGGUCGAGUCUGGGUUGAAUGUGUUUAAUGGUCGUUGUCGGUAUUUGUGGAUCUUGCCGAUGUUUCAUGCUGUUGGUUGGACGUUUCCAUGGGCUGUUACUGCUGCGCGUGGUACGCACUAUUGUCUGCGCAAGGUGGACUAUGGGCAGAUUUGGAAGUUGUUCAAGAAGGAGGGCAUCACCCAUUUCAAUGCGGCCCCUACGGUGAACACACUGCUUUGCAAUCACCCGGAUGCUGAGCCACUGUCAACACCUGUUAUCGUCCAAGUGGCGGGUAGUCCGCCUACGCCUCAUCUGUUCGAGCAGAUGACCAGCCUGAAUCUGCGUCCCGUGCAUGUCUACGGUAUGACGGAGACGUAUGGUCCUACUACCAGGUGCUAUAUGCUACCCGCAUGGGAUCAAUUACCACGAGACGAGAAGUUCCGGAGGAUGGCCAGGCAAGGCCAUGGUUUCCUGACCAGUCUGCCAACGCGGGUCAUCAAGACGGAUGUGCCUGAGGGCACCAUCAUCGACGUCAAGCAAGACGGCAAGGAGAUUGGCGAGAUUGCGUUUGUCGGGAACCUCUGUGCUCAGGGUUACUACAAAGAUGCCGAGGCGACGCGGAAGCUCUUUGCUGGUGGCGUUCUUCAUUCGGGCGAUCUGGCUGUCUGGCAUCCCGAUGGAGCGAUCCAGAUCCUGGACCGAGCCAAAGACAUUAUCAUCAGCGGAGGCGAAAACAUCUCGUCUGUCGCACUGGAAUCCAUGCUGGUGACUCACCCGGACAUUCUGGAGGUGGGCGUGGUGGCGGUGCCUGACACACAUUGGGGAGAGCGACCCAAGGCGUUUGUAACCACGAAGCAAGGUCGGCACCUGGAGGGGAAAGAGGUGAUCGACUGGGCCCGGAACCAAAGUCAAAUCAGCAAGUUCAUGCUUCCGCGGGAGGUGGAGGUGGUGGCGGAACUGCCCAAGACGAGUACGGGGAAAAUCAGGAAGAAUGUUCUUCGGGACUGGGCGAAAGGGGCACCGCGAUGA